AUUAUCCCCCUUUCUCUUUUAUAAUUAUUCUGGUUUCAGUAGAAAGAGAAGAAAGAUACCAAGAAAUAUGGGGAGAGCUCCUUGCUGUGACAAAGCCAGCGUGAAGAAAGGCCCAUGGUCACCUGAGGAAGAUGCCAAGCUCAAAUCUUUCAUCGAGCAGCAUGGCACUGGAGGCAACUGGAUUGCUUUGCCACAGAAAAUUGGGCUUAAUAGAUGUGGGAAGAGCUGCCGCCUCAGAUGGUUAAACUAUCUCCGGCCGAACAUCAAGCAUGGAGGAUUUACUGAAGAGGAAGAUAGAAUUAUUUGCAGCUUCUAUGUUACUAUUGGAAGCAGGUGGUCUAUAAUUGCUGCACAAUUGCCGGGGAGGACGGAUAAUGAUAUUAAGAACUACUGGAAUACGAGGUUGAAGAAGAAGCUUCUUGGUAAGCAACGGAAAGAGCAGCAGGCCCGGAGAGGAAAGCAACACAAGGGUGAUAAUAGUGACACCAAUAACAACAACCAAAACCCUUACUGGCCGGAGCUAGCUCCAGUCUAUAACAAUGAUCAGCAUCAGCAAGUUUAUGAGCCGCAGUCUGUCCUUAUGCCUGCUUCUGGUUCUUCCCCUUCCUCCAUGGAUGGCUUGAACAACACAAUUGGUACUCAAUUUUUUGAUGAUCGAUACAAUAUGCUCCAAGGACAAAGCAGUUUUCUAGGAGGAAUCCAGGAAGUUAUGUACAGCAAUCCACAGAGAUUUGAUGGGACGGAGUUUUUGAGCGUUGACGAAAUGAUGAAUGUUGGAAGAUUAAGUCUGAGUUGUUCUGAAAGUGCUGCUGGGGGAUGGGGUGCUGAUAUGAACUCUUUGGUUUGCCCAACUGUUGGCUCAGACUUUGGAGGCAAUGGCAUGCAACAUGGUCAGGCAGGGAUGAUGCAAGAGUAUGCUAGUUUUCAGUGAGUUGAGGUACUCUGCAGGACCUAGCUAUAGGGCAUGCAAUAGUGAAUUUCAUGUUUUAAUUUGUAAAUGGAAAGUUAAUUACCUUAUUUCUUAGUAAAAGGGAGGUGGAAUU